CUCUUUUUCUCUGGUUUCGGCGUUUACAGUACUAAUCACCACCAUUUCCUUCGAAGAAUUUGCGUGUUUGUGUCUGUUCUGAGAUAUUCAGCGUUUCGCCUCUUACACGAUUCAGAUUGAAGAAAGUGUUGAAUGAAAGAAAUGGAUAAAUUGCUGUUCUGAGAAGACACAUGCUGUGCUUCUAUGCAUCUCAAAGUCAAUUAUGAAUGAGAGAUAGCUAAUAAAGUGAAUGUUUAGUAAUUUAAUACUCAGGUUCAAUAGCUAGUAAUUCAGAGUAGAGACUGAUGCUAGGUGACCCUUGCUACUGAUCUUAACUGAGACCUGGUUCACUUAGAUUCUUUCGAUUAUAAGUUAUAUAGUUCCGUUUGAUUGUCAGCUCUGGCAAUGCUCUGGUUAGAUAAGUCUGAAUGUUGAAUUUGCAACCACAUCCUGAACUUUUGCUCCAUCUUCUUCAGCGUUUUAAUGGAUAUGCUAGUAAGUGUUCGAAACAAGUCGAACAAGUUCAUUCCUUGUUAAUUACCCAUGGUUACCUUCUCAUCAGAGAUCUAUGGGUUAAUACGCUCCUAUAUAAUACUCUCAUCAGAACAUACCUAAACCUUUCUAGACCCCACACUAGCCUCAGCCUCUUCAAGGAGAUGCUUCACAAUCAGGCUGCUCCUAAUAGCUACACUUUUCCUUCUGUUCUUAAAGCCAUUGCUUCUUCUCUCUCAAAGUCAUAUGGUACAUCACGAAUAGGUUACACUUUACAUGCACAAUGUGUUGAAAGAGGCCUGCUAGGUGACCCUUUUGUCCGUACAUCAUUUCUUUCUCUUUAUUCACAGUUUGGUGAUAUAAGGAGUGCACAUAAAGUCUAUGAUGAGAUACCUCAACCAUGCAUUGUUUCAAAUAAUGCGAUGCUUGAUGCAUUUGGAAAAAGUGGCAACAUGGAUUUGGCUAUUUCGAUGUUCUUUAGCAUGCCAGAGAGAGAUGUUUAUUCAUGGACAAGUAUCAUCAAUGGCUAUGCACAAAGUGGGUGCUUUAUGGAGGCAAUUAAGUUUUUUACGGAAAUGAUGAGAGAUGAGGAUGUAAUUCGUGGCUUUUUAAGGCCGAGUGAGGCCACUUUUGUAAGUGUCCUCUCUUCAUGUGCGAAUUCGGAUGAUGGGUCAGUGUUGUAUCAAGGAAAGCAAAUUCAUGGAUACAUGCUUAGGAUUGAGAAGCAGUUGAGUGUUUUUAGUGGAACAGCAUUGAUAUCGUUCUAUGGGAAAAUGGGCUGCCUAAGUUAUGCUUUUCAAGUGUUCAAUGGCAUGUCCGUGAAGAAGGUAUGUGCGUGGAAUGCUAUGCUAUGUUCAUUGGCUUCAAAUGGCAGGGAAAGUCAGGCUCUAGAGAUGUUUGAGAAGAUGAAGAACUCAGGGUUGUGUCCUAAUGAAGUUACAUUUGUAUGUGUCCUAUCAGCUUGUGCUCGGGCAAAACUUGUGGACUUAGGCAUGGAAUUGUUUCAAACAAUAUCUCGUGAUUUCGCCCUUAAACCAACAAUGGAACAUUAUGGAUGUGUGGUCGAUCUAUUGGGCAGAGCUGGCCUUCUAAAAGAGGCAUAUGAGUUUGUGAGAAGCAUGCCUUUUGAGGCUGAUGCCUCUGUAUUGGGUGCUCUUUUGGGAGCUUGUAGGGUUCAUGGCGAUGUUGAUUUGGGAAAUGAAAUCGGCCGACGGUUGCUUGAAUUGCAACCCGAACAUUGUGGACGGUAUGUUCUGCUGUCCAGCAUUUAUGCUGGGGCAGAGAUAUGGGACCAUGCUGCUGCCUUGAGGAAAGCAAUGGUCCAUGCUGGAAUUCAAAAGAUUCCAGCAAUUAGUAUGGCUGGUUAAUGUGGUUGUGGUUUGGGAUGCUUCUCUCUGCACAAUUUUGUUUUAGGAUGAACAGAUAACGGUUGAGAUAAGGAAAGAGUGAGAGAGAUGUCAGCUUAUCAAAAUGCUACUGCUGGCAAGCUGAGGCUGAAGGACAAAGCUUUCGAUGCGAGGAACGCAGGCAUCAGAAAGAAGAGGAAGCACAGAGACAGAAAUAUCCUAUCAUAUCAUGCUGCUGGGAAUGUUCAAUCGACUGGUUUGCCACAAUCUUCUUGACCUUCCCUUCUUACAUCUUAUGAAAGCAACACGUUGGUAUCAGAUAAAACGUAUUGUGAUGGAAAUAGAGAGGAGGAGCGCGCCUGACUCCAGCAGAAAGACGCUACAUGGAACAUCUGCAUAAAAUCGAGCUGGAGAGACUUGCAAAGGCUGCUAUGAAGUCUUACCGUGAUCUUAUGGAGGAAUUUAAUCAGUAUUUGGCUAACCCGAGCGAGCACCUAUGACCUUCCCAAAGCGGGGCCUGGCUAGCCACCAUUCUUCUUGACUCGUGGAAAACUCGAGUUCUUUGUUUUUACUUUCCUCUGUUGUCUUUAGUGAUUGCAUCACGAACUUCUGCAUUCUGUAUUUAGAACUUCGAUUUUUUUUUCUUCAACGAAAUAAGAAAGUGGAAUUAUAUGGUCCA